ACUGUUUUAGUUCGUAUUUGUACGUUUGUAGUUAUUUACUGAGACAAAGGGCUGUCGCCGAUAGUGAGGCGAAAGAUUAAGUUUGUGCAGAAGUAGGCGCCCACUCCCCGUGAUAAGGACUCUAAUGAAACUGUAUCAACGCAACAGCUGAGAGGCAGUGCGGCCGACCCACUCGCGCGCACCACCCGUCCGCUUCCAUCACUGCCUCGCCACGAGCAACCAGCGCGAACGCCUCUACGAUUUUAAUAAUUUAAUACUUAUUAAAAAACUUAAAUAUUUUCUCAGUGUAAUUUUAAAUUCGUUCUAAUGUAAUAAUCAGUUUAAAUGGCAAACUAAAAAACAAAUGAAACGUAAGCCAUCAAAAAUUUUACGCGAAAAUGACGUUGCGGGUCGAGCCACCCGCGGAAAAGAUCGUGGAACAAUGCAAGUGCAACAACGCGUACGCGGCCGACGUGAAUCGGAAAGCGUUCAAUCAGAGACUCAAGGAGUUCAUUAAAAAAUCAUGGGCCUUCCGAUCGAAAGUUACAGUGGAACCUUUUGUAGUAUGCUACAUACUGCCGAGUGUGCUGGCGGGGCUGGCGGUCCAGAACCUGUGUCUGGAGAAGUCGUGCCUCGUGAACCUGCAGUACGACCGGCGCACGUGCGACCACAUCAUGCAGGGGACCACGUCCAACUACACGGAGGAGGAGAAGAACGUGCAGACCAUGGUGGCCAGCAUGACGGCCUGGAGCUUCCCGCUGCAGACCGCGCUGCCCGGCGUGCUCACGCUGUUCAUCGGCGCCUGGAGCGACCGCACCGGCAACAGGAAGGCCUUCAUGGUCCUCCCGAUCCUGGCCAAGCUGAUCUCCAUCAUCGGGAUCAUCCUGAGCACGGUGUUCUUCUACCAAGUGGGCCUGAACGAGACGGCGCUGCUGGAGGGGCUCCCGCCGGCGCUGGCGGGCGGGCGCGUGGCCAUGACCACCGCCGUGUACAGCUACAUCACCGACAUCACCGCCGAGUCCGAGCGCACCUUCCGCCUCGGCAUCAUCACGGCCAUCCUGACGCUCAGCCGGCCUAUCGGACUAUCCCUCAGUGGGAUCAUGACCAGGACGUUCGGUUACUACGGAGUGUUUAUGGUGGCGUGCAUGUUCUAUUUGGUAGGGUUCGUGUAUAUCGUGUUAAGACUGAAAGAGAAGCCGAAGAAGGAGAAGGCGGUGGAGGAGGGUCCCCCGACCAUCAUGUCGGUGUUCUCGGUGGGGGACCUGGUGUCCACGGUGACGGUGGCGUUCCGCCUGCGCGAGGGGAGCCGCCGCAUGCAGCUGCUGCUCACCAUGGUGGCCUACAUGUUCAUCGUCGGACCUGUGUUAGGUGAGGCGCAGAUGACAUACUGGUUCACAAGAUACCAGUUCAAGUUUACGGAGAUCGACUACAGUUUCUUCUUAGCAUAUUCCGUCGCUGUUGGGAGCAUUGGUUCCUUCAUAACGAUAUGUCUGUUCAGCAAGAGAUGGAACAUAGAAGACAGCGUCAUCGGGGUGAUCGCCUGCGUCAGCCGCGUGUGUGCGUCGCUGGUGUACGCCCUGGCGCCAACACGGACCGUGUACUUCCUGGGGCCUGUCCUGGACAUGUUCAGUGCUGCUGCAGCCACCUCGCUACGCUCCAUGGCGACGAAGCUCGUGGAGGUGGAUGAAGUUGGCAAAGCCAGUUCGUUGAUCAGCAUAUCGGAAGCUCUGAUCCCGGUUGUCUACUCGCCGAUAUACAGCAAGCUGUACCUGUAUACUCUGUCUACUUUCGCCGGGUCCUUCUACCUCAUCAGCGCCGCGUUGGCUUUGCCCGCUAUUGUGAUAUUUUUAAUAAUGUACUCGCUUCGAAAGGACGUAGAAAACACAUUGGUUCAGAAUGACAUCGAAAACAGGGACAAAGAAAUAACUCGCUUUUAAUUAAAUUAUAAUAGAAAAAGAAAUUCCUAUGUUGAUAAGUUAUUUUUAAGUUUAAUUUAAAAUACCACAAAAUCUCAAUAAAUUUAAGACUUGUAUUAUAUAAAUUUAUGAUAAAAUUAA